ACGGGAAGUAUUUCGAGAGAAAGAUCAGCUUCCACCGAUCCCGGAGAAGACCAGCGCUACUGAUGAUGAGAAACAAUGGGUAACAAGAGCCUCUGGGUCCAAAAUGUGCUAAACAGAAGUUCCACUGACGUCAUACACAAGGAUAAACCGGCGGACACAAGACUGCAUAAGCCACUGAAGACUAUUGGCCUUGACGAGCACUCCAGACAGACAUACAGCGUUGGCGAGCUUACAGUACGAAAAACACCAGCACCACUAGUUGAGAUAAUAAAACCAGUUCCCGAAUACGUGUUCUGUUUGCCAGAACAAAUUAGAUUCAUUAACUUCACUUUGGGACAUACUUAUACUCAACAUCUCAGAUUGAUCAACGUCUCAAAGUUCGAGGUUCGUCUGUCCGUGUCGCUGCCGAAGCGUAGCGAGCUCAAAGUGGAACUUUCCGGGCCUCGGGGUCUACGGCUCACUGCCGGCUCAGAAACGGAACUAUUGAUACAUUUCCACCCGAACGACGUACGCGCUUUUCAUGAUCAGUUGCGCAUACGCACCUCUUUGGGCAAAGGAUUGCUUGUACCUAUCGCUUGUUAUAUGGAGCCGCCUGAGCUGCACAUGUUCGUACAAAAAAUGAAUACACCAGCUUUCACAAGUACUGAUCUCAUGGCCUUCAAAAUGUCAGAAAAUAAAGGGAAUAUUGUAGAUUUGGGUGCCAAGUUAUUAGGAGACCAACAUUAUGCAUCAUUAGUACUCCAAUGUAACGCAGCACAUGCGUCAUUUUUUCUUCUUACUGAAGACGCGUGGAUUGAUCACGAUAUUCAGGCCCAUGAAAAGGAUUACGAUAUAAAUAGCGAAGACGAUCCUGACUGCGAGUACUAUGUGAACUUGGGGACCGCUUUCCCGAAUCGUUCUUUAUCCACUACAAUACAAAUAGUUAACCAUAGUCCCCUGUCAUACUCAUUUACCUGGAAAUUCAGACCUUGGGGUAUUUGCACAUGCUGGCAGGAGCACCUGGCUUCAAGAUCUGUAUUGGAGGAGCAAGAAGAAGCAAGCAUCCAGUUGUGCCCUGGAGCACAAGCUGCUAAGGGAGCGAAUCAGAAGCUAGAAGAGCCAGAAGAAAACACUCGUCGGGUAAGGCUGGAGCCGGACAGGGCCAGUGUGCUCGAGCGCAGCGCAUGCACUGUGCGAGUUCAUGUGCCCGACGUCGGCGCGGAGCUAGGGACACACCGCACUGUGCUGCAAUUAAUUUUGGAAAGCAUACCAAUAGAAAGCUUCAAGCAGGAAUACCAGCCGAAUGUCUUAUGCACGAGAGUAGCGGAUGACGUUGGACCCGAUGGAAAAGUUUGGUCGCGCGUAGUUUGCGAUAUCGUGCAAGCUGAUAUAGAAGUCUGGUGGCACGUAGUACCUGUUCGUUUCGUGAUCGACCCGCCCGUGCUGCCUAUCAUCCAUUCAAGAAGGGUUAAGGCUGUCCCAGUAUCGUUCUGCGCAACGCAAAUAUACGGAGUUGACGACAUUUCCACACUUUGGUACUCAACGCCCCCCAUGGUGCUGCCAUCUGGCUUGGAACUGUCUCCCUUACGUAGCAUUAGAGCUCAAAUGCUAUUGCCAUUACCGAUGCUGCCCAAUGAGUAUCCUGAAAAAGAUAUUAUUACAUUGAAGACAGCAACAGACGAGUGGUAUGUCAACUGUCACGUGACGCGAGCAUGCACGACGCGACACCCAGCUUUGGCUCCGGCGCGCCAUUGGCUCGGCGUUGUCGUGCCGGGAGCAAAGAUGCACACCAAAAUGGAGAUCUACAACAACACGCACCAGGAUAUCUGCUGGUGGGCAACUCCUUACCGCUGGACAGGCGAAAAUCCGCCAAACAAAGCAUGUGCACUGGAAGAGCGCACAUGCGAUGUGUGUCUCGAACGCGCUUGCACAUGCUCCCUCCUCAGACCUAGCAGGGGGAGUUUGGAUCAAGACAAGCGCUGCAGGAUAGAAUAUAACGUUUAUGCGCCUAUGACGGACUGCAUCGUGGCCACACUCGUGAAACUGAACCGUACAGCUCCCGACACGGCAAGAAUACCAAAUGCUCCGGCUUGUGAUGCCAGGGCUACAUUGUUGGCUUACAGAGUCGUUGCGCCUCGCUUGGUGCUAGAAGUAUUCCCUUGUGGUGGAGAUAAGAAAGGAGAUUGUCGAGCCUGCGACCUGGACAUGACCAAUAAGACUGGAGGCUGCGCCUUAUUGCGACCCAGCCGAGCAUUGACUCCUUGCUGCUGCUCCUGCUAUAAGCUGAGGAUAACUAAUACUACGCCUAUAGCCACUACUGUGCGUUGGGAAGCACCUCUGGGUGGAGAAGAAUUUCUCAAAGUCAAGUUUUUACCGAACGAUUUUGAGAUUGGAAGUUAUAACGACAAAGUUAUAUCGAUAAUUUUGGAGCCACGACGCGUGUGCAGGCGCAAAUUGUUCGUGUUCAGAGCGAAGGUAGCGCAUGCGUACAAACCGCUGUAUCUUCUCAUCGACACUGCUAUAGAUGGUGUUCGAAUAAUUUGCGAUGUGCCCGUGGGUGGAAGAGAGAAGCACGAUUCCGUUAUCAGUGUACGCGGGAUACAGAUGGAGAUAUACCCUUGGGACAACACUAGUAAACCAACUACACCAGCAGAGUGUUUUGAGGCCGAAGACCGAAAACGAGCCAUAGUCCAAGAAAACAUAUGCCAUUGCAAAUUCGAGUUGAAGUACAUUCCGCCGGUAAAACCUCUCCACCCGCCGUCGUCUGUUCCCUCGUCUACAGAAAUAUUGACUACACCUCCAUCGUUAACGAGAAUUUGCGAGUGCUUCGGAAAAACGAAACCUACAGUCCCGACUCACAAAGAACCGUGCUGCUUACAGUUCAGAAGCACUCCUAUAAAAACAGUGAAAUCUCGAAGGCUGACGCUUCGCAACGAUGGCAAGGUGACAGCACGCUGGCGGAUGGUGGUUCGACGCUGGCCGCGUCAGAAUAAUCCGAGCUGCGACUAUAGACUCGCUGACUUUUGGAGGUGAUCGCUGGGAGAGUGAAGUGCGUCCACCGGGCGUUGCGAUUCAGUGUACCCCUGAUAAAGGACUUUGCAUGGUCGGCCAGACUGUGGAAAUACUUGU